CAUUCAUUUUUGUGUAUAUUUGCAAUACUACAACAUAAAGCAAUAAAGCAAUAAGAGAUUAUCAACGGAUCGAUAAUUUAGUUAUCGCGUGUUGUCUUGAGAUCUAAGAUGAGGCAGGCGGGGACGUAUUCAAGGAUUUUAUCUGGAGGGGGGAUAUCAGGGCGAACGGGGCCCCAUUUGUUGCCAUUGGCAAGGAUCAAGAAGAUCAUGAAAAAAUCAAGCGUGGAUGUGAAGAUGAUCUCGGGAGAGGCGCCACUCGUGUUCUCAAAAGCUUGUGAGCUUUUCAUUGUGGAAUUGACUAAGAGAUCUUGGAACAUGACCAUCCAAGGCAAGAGAAGAACUAUACACAAAGAAGAUGUUGCAUCCGCGGUUGCAACCACCGAUGUGUUUGAUUUUCUUGUUGAUUUGGUUCAUCCUAGUGCUUCUCAACGUGUAGAUCUGAAUGAAGAUCAUGCCCCUUGAAAAGAAACAGUAGAUGAACUAUUUUAAUGUAAGUGGUUUGGGUCUAGCUCAUGAAAACUUAUAAUUAAGGUUGUGAGUAUGUACGUGAAUGGAUGUGUGACAUAUGUUUUAAGUUGUUUAAUGGUA